CACAUAAUUCCGCCGAAGUACAGAGAACUGAACAGUGAAGCUGCGCUAUCGAUUGAAAGAGAAAAAGUGGCAAGAACGGGUGUUAUCUAAGCAAGGGCGCAGCAUUGGAGCUUAGCGUAACAAUGAAUUCCAAACGCACGAAACAGGAAGCGAGUGUGGGUAUUAAAAGGUACUUCCGUUCGGUAACCUCGGAUGGUGGGACGCCGGAAACGCCAGCCACCAGAAAGGGUCGCUCGAGCACGGCCGAGGCUACGCAGCCAACGCCAAGUGCGCCGUUGAAGGUGACGAAACAGGAGAAGCCGGACGAUGUCGAGUUGAUGAUGCCUUCGGAGCAAGACGAAGAAGAAGGUGGCUGCUAUUUCGUGGACCAGAAGGGCAAUUACUACUAUCAGGCCAGCGAAGACGCGGAACCGGUCCUGACGAACCUGGGCGCCGAACCGUUCGAUGAGGAUAAUGCUGAGGGGAUCAAGGCCGAGCAGGACGUUAGCUACGUGCUAAUCAUGGACGACGGUGAGCACAAGUCUACGAUCGUGGCCGAUACGCAGGACACCAACAUAGAGGACGAAGAUAAUGAGAUCUACACAUUCGAGGAGCAAGAGCUGCCAUCCGACGAUGCUAAGGGAAACAAGCAGAGACGCAAAAAAGGCGGCCAACCGGCGAGCGGUUCAACGUACAUGUGUAACUACUGUAACUAUACCAGCAACAAGCUGUUUCUGCUUUCGCGUCACCUCAAGUCACACUCCGAGGACCGGCCGCACAAGUGUUCGGUGUGCGAGCGAGGCUUCAAAACGCUCGCCUCGCUGCAGAACCACGUCAACACGCACACCGGAACCAAGCCCCACCGAUGCAAGCACUGCGCGACGUGCUUCACAACGUCCGGGGAGCUGGUGCGCCAUGUCCGCUAUCGCCACACCCUCGAGCGACCACACAAGUGCAACGAGUGCGACUAUUCUAGUGUCGAGUUAAGCAAAUUGAAGCGCCACAUUAGGACACACACGGGCGAGAAACCGUUCCAGUGUCCACACUGCACGUACGCAUCGCCGGAUAAGUUCAAACUGACGCGCCACUUGCGUAUACACACCGGCGAAAAGCCGUACAGCUGUGACGUGUGCUUUGCGCGCUUCACACAGUCGAACUCGCUGAAGGCACACAAAAUGAUCCAUCAAGUGGGCGACAAACCCGUGUACCAGUGUGACCUGUGUCCGACAACGUGCGGUCGCAAGACCGAUCUGCGCAUUCACGUGCAGAAGCUGCACACCGCCGACAAACCGAUCAAGUGCAAACGCUGUGACAGCAUGUUUCCCGAUCGGUACUCGUACAAGAUUCACGCCAAGACGCACGAUGGCGAAAAGUGCUACAAGUGUGAUUUCUGCCCGUACGCGUCGAUUUCGAUGCGCCAUCUCGAGUCGCAUCUGCUGCUACACACCGACCAGAAACCGUUCAAGUGUGACACGUGCUCGCAUUCGUUCCGUCAGAAGCAGCUCCUGAAGCGACACAUCAAUCUCUACCACAACCCGGACUACAUACAGCCGGAACCGCUGGUGAAAACGCACGCCUGUCCGAGCUGCCCGCGGCGCUUCCGGCACAAGGGCAACCUCAUGCGGCACAUGUCGAUGCACGAUCCAGAAUCGGCGAUGCACGCCGAACUGGUGGCUUUGCGCGAGGGUCGGCAGAAGAAGGUACAGAUCACGCUGGAGGAGGGAACGUACUACGACGAGGACGACGAGCUGGAAAUAGAGGAAGAGGAGGACUAUGAAAUCGAGACGCACGAGGAAGGGAAGGACCAACAGCCCAAAAGUACACCCGUACAGGACGCCACGAGUGAUGUCUACACCGUCGAGGAAGACGAUGGACAGUUUGUGGUGCUGGAGGUGAUACAGCUGCAGGAUCAGGAUAAAACGAGUAAGAAAAUCAAACGCGAGGAGACCGCAGCGACCACGACCACAAACCUUGCUAGACCACGUACCAAACAACGGAAGGUGGAAACCACGAAAAUGGUCGCGCAGAAGGUGAAAAUAAAGAAGGAAACGCUAGAGGUGCGGCAAGACGACGCUUCGCUGGACGGGGAGCAGAUUUCCCUGGUCCUGGCUCCCACGGAAGAGAAUGAUGACGGCGAAACGGAGAUUGUAAUCGAACGGCAGGACUCUGACAACGAGUUUGAACUCUCGUCCGCAGGUACUGUGCCAGUGGCUGUCGGCAAACGGGUCCGUUCGACUAACCAUCUGUUCGUUUUAGAUCUGGAAAAUGCAGAAAUGUUGAUGUCUUCUCGGGAGCGCUUCGACAUCGCCACCAUCACCGUGAGCCAAAGAGAUAUCGAGAAGAACAUGAACAACUGCUUCGGGUUUGAGGACGACGAUGACGACGACGACGAGGACAUGGAGCAAAAGCCGACGAUGACGUUGCUUAACUGAAGCGUGGGGCACGCGACCAAGCAUACCUAUUUUAUGCUGCAUCCCCCUUGGCUAUGAAACUGACGCUUCCCUCGGCUGAGUAGAAGAACCUGGUGUUCUUUUUGAAAUGUGCCACCAGUACGCCUCGUCGAUGAGUUGACAUCAAACCCAUGUGACGCAUGAGAAUUAGGUAGAAAGACUGCGAUGAAGACCAGCUUUCCAGCGUUUUCCAGCGCGCCAUCGGAAUAAAGACGCGUUUCGUUCAUUAUCAAGCGAAUACAAUAACGUAAAGCGGCGUAAAAGCUUAAGUGUUUGUAGCUAUUGCCCUCUUCUACUUGUAAGUUAUUAUUUAAACAAAAUCGUCACUAAGCGAUGUGGCAUGUACAGGUGUAGUCAUCAAUUUCUCU